CUGACGCGAGCGCGGUGGGAGUGCGUCGAUCUCCGUCGGCGACUGCGCAGCAGCAGCAGCUGAAGCGGCUGCCAAGCAGCAGAAGGAGCCGAGCGAGUGGUCGGCGCGCCGGCAUCGGAACGGCGUGCUGUGCGCGAGAUCGAGAGGAUCAUCGAGAGGAUCAUCGAGAGCAGCACCGUGAGGAGUUUGAACGACGUCGAGCUGAGACGAGCCCCUCGCGGGUAGUCAUGGAUAGCGGUGGCGGCUACCCCGAUCCUCAAAUGCAGCCGCCGGUGCAGCAUCAGCUUCAGGCGCCGCAAGUGAUUACGACCGGACCUCCGCCACCUCCGGUCAAGCCUCCAGCUCCGGCGCCGCCGGUCGUCACGGUGGCGCCCCCGCCACCAGUGGUACCACACCAUACGGCUAUGGGGCCCCACCUCGUGCAGGAUCGGCAACGCUAUUCCAACCCACCGGGACAUCAGUGGAUGGCCACAGGGGCAGCCGCCAGCAUGUCUGAAGGGCUCGACAUUUGUGCCUACAUCCUCACUACAAUCUCGAUACUCCUUAUCAUCGCGACGUUUCCGGUUUCCCUCAUAUUUUGUAUCAAGGUAGUUCAAGAAUACGAGCGAGCGGUCAUAUUCCGCCUGGGUCGGCUACUUCGAGGAGGAGCCAAAGGACCGGGUAUAUUUUUCAUCAUCCCCUGUAUCGACACCUAUUGCAAGGUAGACCUCAGAACGGUGUCGUUCGACGUGCCUCCUCAGGAGGGCCUUGCAGACGUCUUCCGGAUAGAGACUACGCCGGCCUACCUGUCAGCGUUUGUGCCGACCGACACAAAGCCUCCGCCCCCGCUGGCGGACGACGUCUACUACGGGACGCCGCCUUUCACAUACAGCUACGCUUGGAUCCUAUCUAAGGACUCGGUGACAGUAGCGGUGGAUGCCGUGGUGUACUACCGCAUCAGUAACGCCACCAUUGCCGUUUCCAACGUAGAGGACUACGGCCACUCGACGAGACUGUUGGCUGCCACAACGCUCAGGAACGUCCUGGGCACAAAGAACCUAUCCGAAAUCCUAUCCGAAAGGGAAAGUAUCAGCCACAUAAUGCAGGCAAGUUUAGAUGAAGCCACUGACCCCUGGGGUGUCAAGGUGGAGAGAGUAGAAAUCAAAGAUGUACGGCUCCCAGUGCAGCUCCAAAGGGCCAUGGCUGCAGAGGCUGAGGCCGCACGAGAAGCAAGGGCAAAGGUCAUCGCCGCUGAAGGAGAACAACGUGCGUCACGGUCGCUCAAAGAAGCGGCUGAAGUGAUUGCGGGUACUCCAUCCGCGCUACAGCUGCGCUACCUUCAAACCUUAGCGUCGAUCGCGGCGGAAAAGAACUCCACCAUCGUGUUUCCCAUACCCAUGGAGUUGUUCUCAGGCUUUAUCAGCAGCAACAGCAAUCACCAUAGCAAUGUACACGGUGGCGGCGCGGCCGAGACGAAGAAAGACAUGGAAGCUGCCGCGUAGCAGAGGAGCCGCCAGUCCCGCUCCAACAGCCUGCUCUGGGGAGGUGGGCCUCCUUUCCAGAGGCGCCUCUCUCUCAUCCUACCGCCCAUCAUCAGACUGCCCAGCAAGAACUAAAGGGCGGCGGUGUUGCAGUUUUGUGGGCAAAGUGCUACUCCCACGGCGACAGCGACGCCUUGUUUGACACGCUGUCCCGACCUCGGUUGCUUUGCCGUGCUGCGCCAAAAUCAAAACGGCGUAACGCAGGUACAGAGGCCAAGAUGGCCCUUCAAUGUUGGCGAAAGAUAGUUGGAGAACGUGUAAAGCGACGAAUCUAAGAGGGGCAUCGUAGCUAGAAAAGACGUUAUAAACGGAAGUUAUCCGCUUAGUCGUGGUCAGUAUAGCGAAAACAACAGUAAGAAAAGCAGUUU